AUAAUCCGUCGAAUGUAACCAUUUAUUAGUGAUUAUUAUUUUCUCUUCACCUGGAGAUCAAGCUGGGCGAAGAUAAAUAAUAUUCAUAUGGACCAAAGAAAAGCAUAAGGUGCUUUAAUCUAACCUUAGCUGUGAAAUCACCUGACUAGCUAUACUGAGCCAGUGCCCAGCCCCAGGCCCUGGCCAAACCAAAGCGCAAAGAUCCAACUUCAAAGGCGCCCAGGUGUGAUCAGCCAUGGCGCUGUCGUCGUAUUUCCGUCGUCACGGUCAGAUGUGCGCCUCCCACCAGUGGGAGGUGAUUGUCAGCAUCAUCACCUUCACCGUGUGCAUGCUGACCGUCAACGACCGGCGCGCGGCUCUGCACUGGCCCGACCGGGCACCCUGCAAAAUACCCCAGGAGUAUUUCGGUGCUGACGCCGUCGUGAUGACGGCUGUACGCUGUAUCGCCCUGCUCUACACUUACCACCAGUUCCGGAAGCUGCGCGCGCUCGGCUCCAAGUACAUCCUCGGCCUGGCGGGACUUUUCACGGUCAUCUCCACUGCCGUGUUCACAUCGAGCAUCAUCAACUUCAUGCACAGUGACAUGACAGACCUCAAGGACGCGCUGUUCUUUUUCCUGCUGCUGAUCGACCUCUCCAAGGUGACGCGCCUGGCGCAGUACGCGCUCGCCUCGCGACGCCUGGACGAGGUCGAGGUCAACAUUGCGCGCGGGAUGCAGGUGCUGGGGCCUCAGAUGACGCUCGACGUGCUGGUCGAGGUGCUGCUCAUCAGUGUCGGCACCCUCUCAGGCGUGUACCGUCUGGAGGUGCUCUGCUGCUACGCCUGUAUGUCUGCCGUCAUCAGCUACCUCAUGUUCAUGACCUUCUACCCGGCCUGCCUCUCGCUCGUCCUCGAGAUGUCCAGCGACGUCGGCUCGGAGACGCAGCCGUGGCAGCUCAAGUCGCUGACCAACCUGCUGCAGGAGGACGAACAAAAGCCCAACAUCGUCAUCCAGCGCGUCAAGAUCAUCAUGUCCAUCGGCCUGACGUUCGUCCACUUUGUCAGCCGGUGGCCGAGCGUGUCCACUGACGCGGUGGACUCUGUGUUCGGCGCCGCCGCCGGUCCCGGUAGCUGUGACGCGCCCAUCCCUAGUCCGUACAGCGUGCUGCUCAGGUGGAUGAGUGUCAGCGCCGAGCACCUGGUGGUGCUCAUUAUCGUGGUGGCGCUGGUGGUCAAAUACGUGCUGUUCGAGGCGCCGGACGCCGAGCAGAUCCAGCUCAAGGUCCAGGCAGAGGACCAGGCCAUGCUUCGCGCGCUGCGUCCGCAGCUGCGCCGACGCUGCACCUCUGUCCUCAUCACCGAGGACUCUGACGGGGAGGUCAAGGUGGACGAGCUGCCGCCGCCGGCCGCCUCCUCUGACGCCAGCUGCCAGACCCCCGCGUUCACCGGCGCCGAAUCCGCCGCCGAGUCCGCUGCGGAGUCCGCUGCGGAGGAGGGUACCGCGGCGGCGGCCGGCGGAGAGCGGGAAUCGGAGGGAGAGGAGCCAGCCGAGCCGGCGCCGCCCCGGACUCUGGACGAGUGCGUCCAGAUACUUGAGGACGAGGGUCCGGACGCGCUCUCAGACGCCGAGCUGCUGGUGCUGCUGCGCGCGCGCAAACUGCGCGCCUACCAGCUGGAAGCGCGCCUGGGCGACGCGCAGCGGGCCGUGGCCGUGCGCCGGCAGCACGUGACCGAGACGGGACGGCUGGCCGACGCGCUGGACGAACUGCCGCACCAGGGCUUCGAGUACGAGCGCGUGAUGGGCGCCUGCUGCGAGAACGUGGUGGGCUACAUGCCGCUGCCGCUGGGCGUGGUGGGGCCGCUGCUGCUCGACGGCCGCCAGUACUACGUGCCGUUGGCCACCACCGAGGGAGCGCUGGUGGCGAGCACCAACCGCGGCUGUGUGGCCGUCAGAAAGUGUGGCGUCAACAGCUACAUCGUGGGUGACGGGAUGACGCGGGCGCCCGUCAUCGAGUGCCAGUCCGCCAGACAGGCCAGUGAUAUCCUGUACUGGCUGGAGACGACCGACGGCUUCCACGCUGUGAAGGCGGCCUUCGACUCGACGUCGCGGUUCGCCCGGCUCAGCAAGGUCGAGGUGAACAUGUUCGGUCGGCAGCUGUUUGUGCGCUUCGUGGCCAAGACUGGUGACGCCAUGGGCAUGAACAUGGUCUCCAAGGGUACGGAGAAGGCUCUGGAACACCUUCAGGAGACGUUCCCCGGCAUCUUUGUCACGAGCGUCAGCAGCAACGUGUGCACGGACAAAAAGCCGUCAGCCAUCAACUGGACGCGCGGCCGCGGCAAGUCGGUCAUCUGCGAGGCCGUCGUCCCGGCGGAGGUGGUGACCAGCGUGCUCAAGACGUCGGUGCCGGCCAUGGUGAACCUGUGCAUCAGGAAGAACCUGAUCGGCUCGGCGGUGGCCGGCAGCAUCGGCGGCAACAACGCGCACGCGGCCAACAUCGUCACGGCCAUCUACAUCGCCACCGGACAGGACCCGGCCCAGAACGUGUGCAGCAGCAACUGUAUGACGCUGCUGGAGCCGUGGGGAGAGACGGGCGAGGACCUCUACGUCACGUGCACAAUGCCCUGUGUCGAGGUGGGCACCGUGGGCGGCGGCACCAUCCUCAAGGCGCAGAGGGCCUGCCUCAAGAUGCUCGGCUGCCAGGGCGCCAACACGGACUGCCCCGGCCAGAACGCCCGCCAGCUGGCCAGUAUCGUCUGUGCCACGGUGCUGGCCGGUGAACUGUCCCUGAUGGCCGCGCAGAGCGCCGGACACCUGGUCAAGAGCCACAUGACACUCAACAGGAACGCGACUCCGCGCACCAGUCGCCAGGAGGCGCUCAACCGCUAGCCGAACGAUGCACCAUUGGCUAGCCGAAUACUGUGCGCCGGCCAAACGGGUGUCCAUCUCCCUCCCAGCGGAAGGAGCGCCCUUUCUGAUCGCAGCCGCCGGGCCCCGGUAAGACCUCUGCACCUACCGACGACCGCGGAACGGAUCGCCAAUGACGGGCUUCCAGCACCUGUGUUCAGCGCAGGGGCACGGCGACGACCGGCCGUCCCUCUGAUGGACGGAGUCUCGGGUCGAUGGGGGGCGAGGAGCAGACUCCACUGUGCCUGCAGGACGCCCCAGGCCGAGCAGGUGCGUGUCAGUGUCAGGGAACGACCAUGACCCAGCGGGUGUAAACGCUGGACGGACGGUGACUACUCGCCGGUGUGUGCCCGUGAGAGUUCCGGGUGUACGUCACAGACUCUGUGUGAGAGCACGAGUGAAGAACGGGUUUUAGCGGAGAGAGAGGACUCCGGGGAGAAUGUGUUUGCCAGAGUCUGGCCAGGGAGUGCGCUGUGUGUGUGUGUGCGUGUGCGUGCGUGCGCGCCUGACCGCUGGCCGGCGGGCGGUGCGCGCGCCUCGUCAGCCUUCCUCUGCCUGUCUGUUACUGUGGGGAGGCCGCCAGUGCCUGUGUAACCGCCGGUCAGGUCAGGUCAGGUCGUGUCGGCCGUGGCGGCGGGGCGGGUCCCUUGGAGCACCGGCCGGCGGCAGUAGUGGCGCCUGCUCAGGCUCGGGAGUGUCUUUCAUCCCGUUAGUUCCAAAGCGGUAUGUGUGAGAUGAUCGAGAUCCAGGUCGUAAGUAGAGAUAUUUCUUAGUCUUAGCGUUCGUAGCUUUAUUUUCGUGAUUUUCGUGGGUUUGGUGUAUACUGUACCGGUAUGGCUGCCUUCCUCAAUGUACGGUUUUCACGUAAGAUAUUAGAGGAUGUUGGCUGGCUUAUUGAGCAGACCUAGUUUUGAUGUAUGUUUUAUUGUUAAGGGUAGUGCGCCAUUUUACAUGUGAGAUGUGAUGGAAACCACACCGCGCAGCUAUGCUGUUAUUUAUUUAUUUAUCACGGAUUUUGACAUUUCUGAAGGGGCGCUCACUGUUUUAUAUUUAUCUGCGACCUCGCUGUUUGGACGUUUUAUUACAACUGAUUUUCCACGAGCUGAAUUUGAAAAUAAGAAUUCUGUUUUGACUGUUAUGCACUAAUGUCAGGUAAGGUCGAUCAAAUGCUAAGUUAUUGACGAUAAUUUUUUAGUCUGAUUAGUUAAUCUAAUUAAUGUGUGAAGCUCUCUGCGUCUCAAUGCGUAAGUGCGUACAACCAUUAAAGUUAGUGCAUACUCUUAUGUUUGCGAGAAUACGAACAACGCUAUUCGAAUGCGAGAAUACGACCGAUGUCUUGUGCUCUCCGCUGUGCCCCGGUGUCACACAGCUGUGUCUGUCCGGUGUAACAUCAUGUCGACCCGGUGUGUCCUGAGACACUGUGUCGGCCCGCUGUGUCCCGGUGACACUGUGUCGGCCCGCUGUGUCCCGGUGACACUGUGUCGGCCCGCUGUGCCCCGGUAACACUGUGUCGACCCCGGUGUAGCACCAUGUCGGCCCGCUGUGUCCGGUCACAGAGCAGGUACCGGCCCCGCUGUGUCCGGUCACAGAGCAGGUACCGGCCCCGCUGUGUCCGGUCACAGAGCAGGUACCGGCCCCGCUGUGCCCGGUCGCAGAGCAGGUACCGGCCCCGCUGUGCCCGGUCGCCCGCCGCGCUGACACCGUCCGUGCCGAGAUCUGACCCCAGUGCCGGUGAGAGUGUGAGAGGGUCGCCACGCGAAUCUGUUUCAGUCUUUGACACACAGUCGAGACUAUGCGGCUGCGGCCAGCAGUCAACACUGGAUCUGUAUUUAUUUUGGCAUAACUUAAUACACAGCCACUGAUGCUAUGCUAUAA